GCUCUACCGCAAUGACAUCCAGUAGAAAGACACUUCGAAGAUAACAAGCGUCAGUCAGUAGAGUGCAAAGUUUUGCACUGAAAACAACACAAAAAAUGGAUCCAAACGCCAGCAUCGAUGUUGAAUAUAAAGUUUGUCGAAUUUGUGUUCAAUCCACCGUAGAAGAUAACUAUCCCCACAAUGAACUGUACGAUGAAGUCAGCGUCGAAACGAUGCUCAAGGAAGUGCUAGAGAAGUUGCAGAUUCCUGACGAUGAAAACCUCGCUGUACGAUGCUGUAGCUCUUGUAGAGAGGAGCUCUGGAUUACCUAUCGCUUCAUAAAAAAGUUGGAGGACGCCAACAAUAAGAUCAAGAACCUCGAGCAUUACGUUGUGGAAGCUGACAAAAGUGAUCCCUUGACGGAAUCUCCUAGUAAAUUACAAAUAGAUGUUAAAUUGGAAUAUGAGGUAGAAGAUUACUCAACGUAUGAAAAAGAAAACACAAAUGAUUUUGAUGAAACAGACAGCGAUGAUAAACCAUUAAUGCAACGGCGAGCGAAGCGCAAACCUGGAAGAAAACGCAAGAAAGUCAAAACUGAUCCAGAAGACUCUGAUGAGAGCGAAUAUUCACCGAAACAGGAGGAAGAGGAAAACUCAUCAGCAUCCGAGGCCGAGGAAAAGGAGGAACUAACUAAAAACAAACGAACUCGAUACGCAAUCACGGCCAAUUCGCAACCGAAGCGAUGCUGUGGCUGCAAGGAACCAGUCAGCACGCACGAACAGCUGGAAGAGCAUUCCGAAAAAUUCCACCAGCAACGAGCGUUCGAUGCUGAGAUACUCGAACAGAAGCCGGAAGAGUGUUCGAUAUGUUACGAGAGGUUUGAGACGAGAAUGGAACUCCUUCUGCACCGCAGGAAAGCUUUUGCUAAAGAGUUACACUCGUGCAAAAAGUGUCCUGCCGAUUUCGCGAAUGCUUACAACCUGAGAGUUCAUUUGAAGAACAACCACAAGCGGGAGAAAAUCGUGAAACAAAUCGACGAAAUCCGCCAAAAAGUGCACAUUUGCUGCAAAUGCCACAAACAGUUCGAAACUAAAGAACUGAUGAUAGAACAUGGCAACGCGGAGCACAAAAUGCGCCAUCCCCCGGAUACGGAGAACCAGAUCGAGUGUGAAGUCUGCCAUCGUCGGUUCAAGUCGGAGCACGUACUAACCGAGCAUCAACGCAGACCGUAUCGGGCUCACCGAUACCAGUGUGCACACUGCGGAAAAACUUUCCAAGAAAAGCAGGUAUUUCUGGACCACGAGCAAAGCCACGCCAACAUCCGGCCGUACCAGUGCCACAUGUGUCCAAAGUCCUUUUCGCUGAAAACCAACUACGUUACCCACAUAAAGUACCACUCCCUGCCGAGCGAUUACUUCAAGUGCGAUAAAUGUGGCAAAGGGUUCAAGAAAAAGCAUCUCUGGCAAGACCAUCAGGUCAUUCACAUCGAAAGCGCAGAACGACCCUUCAAAUGCCAUCUUUGUCCCAACACAUUCACUCGCCAACAACUGCUGGAUUUCCACGUGAAGGAACACCUUGGGGCAAAACCGUUCAAGUGUACAAAGUGUACCUCGUCCUACAUCCACGAACGGGACUUGCGCAGGCACAUCCGGGCUAAACACGAACCUAUCGUACCGUUUAGUUGCGAACUUUGCUCGAAAGAAUUUCACCGGAAGGAUGCUUACAAAAAGCAUCUGAAGACUCACGAAGAUGAGGAGGCGAAGAAGUUGGGAUGUCAAAUUAAAUUUCCUGCUUCUGUGGCUUGGUACCGAGAAGCAGGUUCUUGGGUUUGCGUCGACAUGAAGAUCAAAUUGCCGUUACAUUCACGGCCGGCCACCGAUGGCGAGCGGAAGGACACCAUGCAAAAAGUACCGACCGGCGAGGGUUCCUUCAACGAGCAGGACGAUCGCGAUUGGCAAAAUGGCGAUGAGCAGAGGACAUGGUUCAAAUGGUGCAGACCAUCGUUCAUACCGAUUUCAAUGAUACUGCUGUUGAUUGUGAUGGUUGUGUUGCUGCCACUGCUGGACACUAACGAGAAACUAGCUGAUCAACGUCGAAAGACAGCCCGAAACAGGAAUGAUGUAUGCCUCGAGGGAUGUAGAAUCAGCAUAGUGGAGAGUAUUCCCGAGGGGCUAGUCUAUCCGAAAGGUAGUCCGUCGUUUAUGUCUACGUACGACGCGUGGAAGCUUCUGAUAAAAUCAGCUCAACAGAAGAUUGAAAUCGGUUCGUUUUACUGGUCGUUGAGACGCGAAGAUGUGUACAACCACUCGAGUGCCUGGCAGGGUGAGGACAUUUUCAAAACAUUGCUGGAGACCGGAACCAGCGGAAAUGUGUCGAUCAAGAUCGCGCAAAGCAUGCCAACUUCGGCGAAUCCCAGCGUGGACACGGAGAUCUUCACGAAACGCAACGCAGCCGAUGUACGAUCGGUGGACUUUCCGCGGCUGUUCGGAGGUGGUGUGCUGCACACGAAGGUUUGGGUGAUCGAUCGACGACAUUUCUACGUGGGCAGUGCCAACAUGGACUGGCGAUCGUUGACACAGGUCAAGGAGCUCGGAGUGCUCGCCGUGAACUGUUCCUGCUUGGCAACCGAUAUUGCCAAGAUUUUUGAUGUCUACUGGGACAUGGGAUUGCCCAACGCUCAGCUUCCAGAUCAGUGGCCAGCAGCGUACUCUACAAAGUACAAUGCCAACAACACUCUGUCUGUUCAGUUCGACGAUGAGUACAAAGUGGACACGUAUCUCUCGAGUUCCCCUCCACCGAUGUCAACGCGAGGACGCAGUCACGACGUGGAUGCCAUUCUCGAUGUUAUCGAACGUGCCGAGAAGUUCAUCCAUAUUUCGGUGAUGGACUAUCUUCCGCUGACCCUGUACACUCCAAAGACACAAUUCUGGCCAAUCAUCGACGACGCGCUUCGACGGGCCGCCAUCGAUCGCAAGAUCUCAAUUCGCCUGCUAAUUUCGUUAUGGCCACAUUCGCGGUCAUCCGAGCAGCGUUUUCUGGAUUCGCUGCAAGUGAUCUCCAAUUCUUUGCCCGGGGUCAGCAUCGACAUCAAGCGAUUUAUCGUACCAGCUGACGACGAUCAGCAGAAGAUCCCGUUCGCGCGGGUUAACCACAACAAGUACAUGGUAACGGACAACACGGCCUACAUCGGAACCUCGAACUGGUCCGGCGAUUACUUUAUCGAUACGGCCGGAAUCGGGCUGGUCAUGUCAUCUUACGAGGGUAACCGGACCAUCGUGAACGACCUGCAGGACGUUUUCGAGCGUGACUGGAACAGUGAUUACGCAAUUAGAAUGGACGAGUUUGCUACAAAGCUUCGGAAUCAGUCAAAUACGGAGAUAGCAGAUCUAGACGAAAGAUCAGUUAGCUUGAAAGAUGACUGUUCGUCCCCGGUGUACAUCACAGAGGUCGAAAUUGAGACAGAGCUACCUCUUGAGUCCAUAGAAGAAACAUCUGGCAGUAAGCACGAGCAGGUGGAUGGUGUUAUUAAAACUUCUCAAGAAGAAAACAAUACGUCAGAACCCCCGGAUGAUACAUCCCAGUUUUUGCUUCCGGAGACAGAACAGAAAGAUGAUUCCGAUAAUGAAUGCUUCCCAGAUUUAGAUGUAUUUUAUUCCUCUGAAGAUGAGAGCGAUUCUAUUGAAGAACUGAACUUUAGCUCAGACGAAGAUCAACGGGAGGGCAAACAACCUCGGAAGCGACUUUACUAUGGGGUGAAAUCAGAUUCCCAGCCAAAACGAUGCUGUGAUUGCAAAGAGCCACUCGUUUCCCAAGAGAAGGUGGCGGAACAUUCCGAAUUGUACCACCAACAGCAUCGAGUAACGAAUCCAAAGGAGUUUGGCGACAAACGGUUCGAGUGUCCCGUUUGUUUUAAGCGAUUUGAGACGAAGAAACUGUACCUGCAACAUCAGCGAAAAAUGUACGUUGACGUGCUUCAUCCGUGUUCGAAAUGUGAGGAAGAGUUUGCCAAUCUGUACGUAUUGAAGAGACACCUCAAAGUCGAUCACAAAAAGAAAUUUCUGAUCACGGAGCUUGAAGAGCUGCGAAGUCAGUCCAACAUCUGCUGUGGAUGUAAGCAGCAUUUCCCUACUGCCGAGACACUCAAACAACACGUUGAAAAGGUUCACUAUCCUGAACACGUACUUUAUGAUACAAGUAACAGGUUUGAGUGUAACGUGUGCUUCAAUAGAUUUAAAACUUUGAAAUCGCUCAAACAUCACCAACUACGAUUGUACAAAGAAAAGAAAUUUGUCUGCACUCUAUGCGGGAAAGCCUUCAGAGAGAAGAUUCGUUUAGCAGAGCACGAAAACUCCCAUCGAAAGAUUCACCAGUUUCUGUGCUCGUUCUGUCCGGCAACAUUCGCCAUGAAAAAUUCCUACGAAGUUCACCUGAAGAUGCACGACGGGGAAGAGCGCUUCAACUGUGAAUACUGCGGUAAAGGAUUCCGCAAGAAGAGUCUCCUGUUGACGCACCUCCAAACUCACAGCCUGGAUCGCCCGUUCAAAUGUCACCUGUGCCCGAACACCUUCACCCGCCAGAACAUUCUGGAUUCACACCUGUUGACCCAUUCGGACGCCGGCAAGCCGUUCAAGUGCCUACAGUGUCCGGCGUCGUACAUCCAUCAGCGUGAUUUGCGAAGGCACACGCGGGAGAAACACGAAGGUAUUCGCAGCUUCAAGUGUACCAAGUGCCCGAGGGCCUACAUCCGGCAGAAGCUACUGCUGAACAAAAUGUCUGCGAAGAUAUUCAACCAAAUCUGUCGGAUUUGCACGGAUGCGUCUGGCGACGAAAUGCAUCCGCUGUACGAAUCGUUCGGCGACGGGAAAACGCCAGCGCACUUUAUUGAAGAAUGCUUCGGAAUCACGAUCAACAUACUCGACGGCAUGCCGUCAAAUUACUGCAGCAGUUGCAAGGGAGACUUGCAGGCGGCACUCCGGUUCCACGGCCGCCUGGUAGAUUCCGAAGUCAAACUCAAGGAUAUGUUUGCCGUGCCCAAGAUUGAAGUCACCGAACCUGUCGACGGAAGUAUCUCGUCGGUUUUCAUCUCGGAGGUCUACAUCAAGUCGGAAGCGGAAGAGCUCGAACCGGGAGAAGUUUCCAAUUACGGUGGAAAUUCAAGCGAAGAAGAGUUUCAGCCUAGGCCGAAACGAAAGACCAGACUAAGCAAAAGAAAGGCAGCUAAAACGGAACAACCGCCGAUGGUUUCCGUGAAGGCGGAAAUACAUGAUGAUUCUGUGGACCGGAAAGCUGCAGAAGACGUUGAAGAUGUUAAGCCGGACACUUCGAAGCCACCGAAGAAGCGCUGGACUAUGGAGUCAGACGUUGAUUCGAGCGACGAUAGCUUGUCUGAUUACGCCGACAGUGCACGCAGCUCGGACAGCGACGAUGACGAUGAAAAUGGUCACUCGUCCAAGAAGAAACGCUUGUAUUACGGCGUCAAAGCGGAUUCACAGCCGAAGAGAUGCUGUGAAUGCAAGGACCUCUUGCUGGACAGCUACGAGAAGGUUCAAGAACACUCGGACAAGUAUCACCUGCGGUAUCGCGUGACGAAUCCAAGGGAAAUCGACGACAAUCCCUUCGAGUGUCCGCACUGCUACAGGCGAUUUGAGUGCAAGAAGGAGUUUCUUCGUCACCAGCGCAAAAUGUACGUAGAAAUGUUACAUCCGUGCCCAAAGUGUAACGAAGAGUUUGCGAACCAUUACGUGAUGCAGAAACAUUUGAAAACGUACCACAAGAAAAAGCUGAUUAUUGAACGGAUGGAGGAAUUGCGCCAGGAAUCUCACAUUUGCUGCGCUUGCAAGCAAAAGUUUGAAAGCAAGGAAGCACUGAAAGCCCACGCUGACGAUGUUCAUCUGAAGGAAAGCCAAGCGUACGACGGGGACUUGGAGAUUGAGUGUGAUGUUUGCUAUCGACGCUUCAAGACUCGCCAAUCCAUGAAGGUGCAUCAAUAUCGUAUGUUCAGAGGAAAGAAGUUUAUUUGCAGUUUGUGUGGAAAGGCGUUCAAGGAGAAAAGUUUCCUGCGGGACCACGAGAACUCUCACCGGCGGGAGAAACCCUACGAGUGUCCCAAGUGCGACGCUCGGUUCUCCAUCAAGGGUUCGUUUGAUGCCCACGUUCGACUGCACGACGCAAAGGAGGAGUUCAAGUGCGAAUAUUGCGGUCGCGGAUUCCGCACCAAGAGCCUGCUCAAGGGACAUCUCACCGUUCAUUCCGAGGAUCGCCCAUUCAAGUGUCACCUGUGUCCGAUCACAUUCACGCAGCAGCGACUGCUCGAUUCACACAUCGAAUUUCAUCUGGGCAAUAAGCCGUUCAAAUGCCAGCAGUGUCCGGCCUCGUAUCGAUACCAGCGGGACUUGCGUGGACACAUUCGCGAGAAGCACGAAGGAAUUCUAAGUUUCCAGUGUACGCAAUGCCCGAAGGCGUUCAACCGGAAGAAGCCGCUGUUGGUCCAUUUGAAGACCCACGAAGCCAUGUAAAGAUUUGUCAUAUAUCAAUAAAAUAAAAAUUUCUU